UAGGUGGCGGUGGUAGGAUUGCGGGAGGUUGUGCGCGGCUCGACUUCGGUGGUUCGGUUGAACGAGGGCGCGCAAACGGGCGGGUGUCGCGAGCGUUGCAAAGCGGUGAAGGGUACCACGAACGGAAAGCACGGUCGUGGCGCUAGGCGGGCGUAGGCGAGGUUCCGUGACGGCCGUUCGGUGGCGCAGCAGGAAUUCCCAGCACGGCAGGCACCGGGUUGGUCAGCUACGUGGUGUUCGUGCGCCUCUCUCUCUAUCGGUGUGUAUAUGCGCGAUUUGCCCCGAGUCCGCGCCUCGACUUGAUGACAUGGCGUCCUAGCGCUGCACGGGCCAAGUCGCACGUCCUCGGUGGAGAGGCUCUCACCCCGUCGUCGAAUCAACCGCAUCCCAGGAUGCCAAGAUCACGAGAAGGAAGGAUAUGAUAAAUUGUGGCCGAUGAAGAAAAGAGCACGAGCACGAGUACGAGCAGGAGCACGAGCAAGAAGAGCAAGCGGCUUCGUCGAGGAAGGCGAGAAGAAGCGACGACGAGGCGGCACCAGCAAUACCAAUAAAAAGAUCAACACUAGAUCUGAUGUUAGCGGACAUUAACGGUAACUUGGCGGAUCUGAGAAGCGAAGCGAUGGCGUCGCAGAGGUUUUGUCUGCGUUGGAAUAAUCAUCAAAGUAAUCUACUCUCCGUUUUCGACCAACUACUCCAUGACGAGUCGUUCGUCGACGUUACACUGGCCGUCGAGGGUCAGCUACUCAGGGCACAUAAGAUGGUGCUGUCGGCGUGUAGCCCUUACUUUCAGGCCCUUUUCGUUGGCCACCCCGACAAGCAUCCGAUAGUCAUUCUGAAAGAUGUCCCCUACGUGGACAUGCGAAGCCUUUUGGAUUUCAUGUAUCGAGGAGAGGUGAGCGUCGACCAGGACAGGCUGACCGCCUUCCUGAGAGUCGCGGAAUCUCUGAGGAUAAAGGGCCUGACCGAGGUGAACGAGGACAAGUGCGACUUGCCCAGCAUCACCUCCUCGCUGCUUGGCAAUCAGAACACAGUACCCCCACCGCCGCCGAAUCUACACAGAAUAAACCAAAUCGGGCCCCACCACCACGUGUCCCAGAAGAGGAUGCACCACAUGUCGAGCCAUCCGCUCCUCGGCUCGGCCUUAUCCGCGCCAAAGAGGAAGAGGGGAAGGCCGAGGAAGCUGAGCGGCUCGUCCGACACACCGAUCAGCGAGCUCUCCGGCCAGGAGCUGCAGUCUUGCUCGGGGGCUGACCUCGUCCAGGGCUCGCCCGAGAUGAUGGAGAUGAAGAUGAGUAUCGACUUUCAGAGCGAGGGGGCAGGGAACAAUGGUAGAAAUUCCGGGAACGCGGGCAAUAAUGGUAACAACGUGGGAAGCAAUAACGUCGGGAACUCGGCGUCGACCGGCCUCCCGGCCACCUCCUCCUCCUUGUCGUCCGCGAGAAAGGACGAGCCAACGGAAAAUGGUACUGACACACCUGAGUCGCUGACACCUCGCGUGAAACGGGAACCUGAACCUACGCCUAGCACCUCUGCCCAAGACUCGGAGGAGACGUCGAGUGGCGGUGGCUCCCAGUCACCGACUCACAUUCGCAUCAACUUCGAGCGUUGCUUUCGCAAGGAGUACAGCGCUUCGUCGCUUCAAGGGAAGACACAGUCGUCAUCGUCGGCUGCAACCGCGUCGAUGGAGGACUCGCAACAAUAUUCCGACUCCGAGUCGGAGCAAAAGGUGUCGAAAGAGAAUUUGAGCAGUGCCAUAUUUAAUCUGGUCGCCGGCGAGUCGGAGAUCAGCCAGAGCGACUUCGAGGGAUCGUUCAAGGUGGAGAACGAGAGAACGGAAGGCUCUGUACGGGACUUCUGCGUGAAAGAGGGCGACGUGUACCGGUGCACCGUAUGCCAUCGUACCUACACACACAUCAGCAACUUCUGCCGGCACUACGUCACCUCGCACAAGCCUAACGUCAAGUACUAUCCGUGCCCGGUUUGUUUUAAGGAAUUCACGCGGAAAGAUAACAUGGUCGCCCACGUUAAGAUCAUACACAGCCUUAAGCCGCACAUGAGUCUUAGCAGCAGCGGCGGCGGUAGCAUGGGCCAACAACGGUAGACCGCUCUUCCCGCGUGCAACACCACCACCACCGCAACCACGGCCCUUCUCAGCCUACGUUCCCUGGCUCUUUCCCUUCGUUUUCUGCCUCUCGAGAAAUAA